AUGUUUUUAUAUGCAAGGCUGGUCUGCGAUAACCUGGAACUUCAAAGCGAUCUUGAUGAUGUGAAAGCGGAGGUUGACAAUCUCCCAAGCGGACUCAAUGAAGCAUACGGACGAGUCCUGUCACGGAUUGAAAAAGAUUUACCACCUCAAGCUAAACUCGAGGCAAAACAGAUCCUGGAAUGGGUGAGCUGUUCUUUGGAUCUAAUUACGAAGAGCGAAAUCCAAUUUGCUCUCAUGAUCGCCCGGGGGAAAGAUCCGUCGCGCGGUUCUCGAAGACUUUUUAUGGAUAUUUUCCAGCGGUGUGGCCCAAUCAUCGAGGAGAUUAACGGCUAUAUCCGUUUUGUUCAUUUCAGCGCAAGGGAAUUCCUUCUUCAUGUACAAAGCGGACCAUACCUGACAGAAGCUAAGGCGCAUGCUGAUAUUAGCUCAACCUGCAUUGAUCUUCUUUUAUCUCAUUGUUUCAAUGAAGAGCUCCCAGACGAAAGUGUACGCGAAUACAUUAAAGCUGGAUCAUUGUUACUAGAGAACUACGUCUGUCGUCGCUGGUUCGACCACAUCAUGAAGUGUGUUGAGUCAGCACCAGAGAUCACCCAUCGCAACAUCGAAUCCCUUCUUGAUAAACGAAGGAAUGAUGGCUUUGGUUCUUCCAGUAACACAAUCUCUGCAGGGAAGAGAUUUAACGGCUUUGCAGGAUUUCCCAAGGAGUUGCACACUGACUUGAUGAAUCUAGACUCUUUUUGGAGGUCGCGACGGCGCAACUUCUGUUUCAGAAAGAUUCAAAAUUGGGAGAAUCUCGACCCAUUCACGAUUUCAAAGCACCAAGCCCGGAUACGACGCAUCUUUGAGCAGAUGCUUUGUUCAGGCAGCAACCAUGUUGCCAAUUGUGGUUUUGCAAAGCUUCAGGCUCUGUAUGGUCCUCAUAUCUACGGAUGCAGUAGACCAGGAUGUGCUCGAUUCAGGGACGGAUUCAAGAACAGCGAAGAAAAAGAUAACCAUAUUCAAGCUCACGAUCGACAGUUCAAAUGCGAUUUCAUCGAUUGCCCGUAUUAUGACCUCGGAUUUACCAGCACAUCGCUUCUUCAAAAUCACAUCAAUCAGUUCCAUAAAAGUGGACUUCAUAAUUCAGCGUCAAACAGUAAUUUCUUCGUCGAAGCGAAAGCUAUUGUCGAAGAUGCAAUCAACCUAGACGAUUUAAAUUUGGUCCGCGAUAUGCAUGCUAGUGUCCGGAAGCAUGGCGCAUACUUUAUCAAGACCUGUCUAAUGAGAGGAUCAUCUGAAGACAUGCUCCGACUCAUCCUGAAAAUAUGCCAGUGUAGUUGCCUCCAAACUCCACAGCCAACCAGCGGACAGCUUUCAGGUUCGACGGCUAAUCAGCAGACACCACAGCCUGUCAACCGCAAGCGUGGAAUAUGUAAACAACAUCAGAUUGUCUUGCUCCGGAGUUGGAAUUUGAACUGGCGUCAAGAGAAGCCUAAAGGAGAUCCGGAGCUAUUUCGAAUCCUGCUGGAGCGAUACAUGAUCAAGGUCGGUAAUUUCGAAGACAUAGCAAACACUCCUUCGCCAGAGAUGUUUGAGCUAUUCGCGGAAUAUGGUGCAGAGGUAGGAAAUUACCAGACUCUCUUCCGCAGGCUCCUACCAACUCGACCAAAUGCCCUGGCCGAGAUUAAUGCUCUGAAGUGCAUGCAGGCAAUGGCAAAUGCUCUCGACAUCAGAGGAUAUGAAACUUGUCUCGUAGUUCUAAGCGAUAGCAGCUGCUCCGUUUCGAUCGCAACAUUUUGUCUUGAGAAUGGAGCAUCUGUGGAGGCAAGUUUGGCACAGAACAGGGGACCAACAUCUCCAUUACGAAGAGCUGAAUGGAAGAAAACUCCUGAGGCAGCUCAGCUUGCGGAGUUGUUGCGCUCACAUCACGCACUCCCAUAA